GUCAAUUGUCAAGUGUCAUUUGUCAGGGAUAAAGUUUGGGAGAUGUGACGUUUCUACGAACAAAAUAUACCGUUACUUUCUCUUUAUAGCAAUAAAUUCUUACAAUAUUUAUAUAUGAAAAUAAAUAAGUUUCGUACGUUAAAUAAAUCUUAACUUCAUUAGUAACAUGACAGAAAAGAAGAAAGGAAAUGGGACUUCGGCGCCGAGUAACAAAAUAUGGUGGGUGACAUUUGGAAUACUGUGUGGUGCUACAUUUGUGACUAGAUUUUACAAAGUCUUGGAACCGGACCAUGUUUGUUGGGAUGAAACGCAUUUUGGUAAAAUGGCCAGUUGGUACAUCAAUAGAACAUUUUUCUUUGAUGUUCAUCCACCUCUUGGAAAGAUGCUCUUAGCUUUGUCUGGAAAGUUAACAGGCUAUGACGGGUCAUUUCCAUUUGAGAAACCGGGUGAUAAAUAUGAAGGUGCCAAGUACCAGGGAAUGAGAUUUUUCUGUACUGCUCUGGGUGCACUAGUAAUACCACUAACAUUCUUGUCGAUGUGGGAGAUGACCAAGUCGUUGGAAUCCACAUUUAUAGGCACCAUGCUCCUGUUAUGUGAUGUGGGAUUCUUAACGCUCAACAGAUACAUAUUACUAGAUCCAAUAUUGUUAUUCUUCAUGAGCUGUUCGAUUUAUGGAGCCUUUAAGGUCCGCAGUCUAACUGACGAAGGUCUCCCGCCAUUUUCGACCCGUAUGCUGUGCUGGCAGUUGUUCUUAGGGUCAUCACUAUCUUGCACCAUGUCCGUCAAGUUCGUGGGCUUGUUUGUGGUAUUGUUCGUGGGAUUACGAACUAUAGCUGACUUAUGGAAUGUUCUGGGCGAUUUGAGCAAGCCAGUUACUUUGACGAUGAAACAUCUUAUCGGGCGAGCUUUGACACUAAUCGUGUGGCCUAUUAUAUUAUAUGUAUUCUUCUUUUGGAUUCAUCUUACUGUUUUAAGUAAAAGUGGGAACGGCGACGGUUUCUACUCGUCAGGGUUCCAAGCGCGUCUGCAAGGUAACAGCCUGCACAACGCCAGCGCGCCGCGAGUGUUGGCGUACGGAGCGCUCAUCACGCUGAAGAACCACCGGACCGGUGGGGGGUACCUGCACUCCCACCAUCACCUGUACCCGGCUGGGGUGGGGGCCAGGCAGCAACAGGAUGGGAUUGGAGACGCGAACGACGUGUGGAAAAUCGUGAUAUCGGGCGGCAGGGACGGCGACGAGGUGCAGACUGUUAAGAGCAAACUCAUACUGGUGCACUAUUUACAGGCCUGCGCGUUGACUACAACUGGCAAGCAAUUGCCGAAAUGGGGCUACGAGCAGCAAGAAGUUGCAUGCAACCCUAACUUAAGAGACAAAAAUGCCUUAUGGAAUGUAGAAGAUAACAUUUUUGAAGACUUGCCAAAAGUAAGUUUUGAGGCGUACGCGUCGGGUUUUGUAGAACGAUUCUUCGAAUCCCACGCGGUAAUGUUUCAAGGCAACGCUGGACUCAAACCCAAAGAGGGGGAGGUCACCUCCCAGCCUUGGCAAUGGCCUAUCAACUAUAGGGGCCAAUUCUUUUCGGGCAGUGGACAUCGUAUAUACUUACUGGGCAAUCCCAUCGUGUGGUGGGGUAACCUGGUAUUCCUGGGUAUAUUUUUUGUGGUAUACGUCAUUAACAGCAUCAGAGAGAAGCGAGCUGAAGCCUUCGGCAGACCUUUACCAAGUGGUAAGAGCCAAGAGUUGUUGAACGCAGCCGGCUGGACGUUCGUGGGCUGGGCGCUGCACUACGUGCCGUUCUGGGCCAUGGGCAGAGUGCUGUACUUCCACCACUACUUCCCGGCGCUCGUGUUCAGCUCCAUGCUUACAGGCAUCCUCACAGAAUACCUUCUGAGCAGUAUCAGGAGUUACCUCAGCGCGGAGAUCGGCAAGACAGCUUACCACUGCAUCUUAGGACUGAUAAUGUCUACGACGGUGUACAGUUUCUAUUUAUUUUCCCCGUUGGCGUACGGCAUGAACGGGCCGCUAGCCAACGAGCCGAACUCCACCAUGGCUGGGUUGAAAUGGCUCGACUCUUGGGAGUUUUGAGCAUGGGCGUCGCCAAAAUUACUUUUAGAGGUACAUCUGCAUAGGGAGGUACCACAUUAGUAAUUUUUUUUCAAAUAAAUAUCGCGCCGGUAUUUGCAUAUGCUAAACCAUUCCCAUUGUCAUUCAGUUAUGUUUAUUUGGACUUGUUCCAGACAGGUGCACCCCCUUGCACCCACUCCUCGCGGCGCCCAUGGUUUUGAGUCUAGUUGACUAAAAAUAUAUUUCUAUAUUUCUUUAUAAGUUAAGGGGCGAUUUUAAUCUCUGUCACUGUGAUGCUAAUAUAAAAAUUUUAUUGUGUCCGAUUAAUUGUACUUCGAAUCUUUAUUAUGGUACUGGAGUAAAUAUUAUGAGAAUUUUAUGAAUGCUAUGAUGCUAGUUUAUGAUGUUAUCAAUUGAGCAUAUUGUUUACGAUAUAGAAAAUAUUUUACAUUGCUUUAUAAAUUAUUAUAUUUUUACGCUGUUUUUCCUGCUUUUCCUUAAUAUUGCAAAUACUCGUUUCCAACUUCUAGCUAAUAACUCAUUGAAGAUUAUAUUCAUUCAUAAAUUAUAUUAAUUGUAGGUAAUUUAUACUUAGUUUUAUCAAUUUGCUGAUAAUGCGUAUUUUGUCGAUUACAGAUAAAAUCUAUAUGAUAAGUGUGGAUUAAAUAAAAAUGUGUACAAAACAAAAUUAUCAAUGAAAAGAUAAAAUAUACUCAAUGAAAUACGUCCUUAAUUAUUAUAUUUAUCUAAAUUGUAAGGGAAAUAAAAUAUUUAUAAUUUGGUGUAGGUGUAGAAUAAAAUGUAGUAUUAUAACUAAUUUAACGUCAACAAUGCCGUCCAAUUGUAAUUUAUUUUGAUUUUAAUUUAUAUUAUAAACGGCACGACUCAUGCGCACAAAUGAACAAUGGUAGAGCGAGAUAGCGUAUGUACAAAUUGAAUGAAAAUGUUUAUUAAUAGUUGCAUGACUAGCCAAUAGACAGCUUCGGUCGAGAAGCCAGUCGCGCGAAACAUUACCGCGUCGGGCGCUGAACCAACCAAUCACAACUGUGCUUUCUACUCGUGCCUCUAUAGAACACAAACUUUUGUGUCAUAGUUAUGCUCACAUAUUUUUGUAUAUUGAAGAUUUUAAUAAAAGUUUUGUAAUAA